AUGUCCUCAUUUUCAGGUAAUCAACAACCGUCAUCAUCUCAGUUCUACCAACCGCAGUCAGCCCAACCAUUUCAUUCAAUAUUUGGCGAUCCUAGCAGCGAUGUCGAUCUACCCCCAUCUUCCCUGCCGGAGCCGCUACGGAGAUCCACAAGAUCUCUCUUUGGCAACCCGAGCAGCCUGGAUGUCGUCCCAGAGCAAGCUAAUGGCUCUGAAGCCAUUGGCUUGGGGGACGCUGGGGACGAAGAAGAUGAUUUGGACGUGAUCAUGCGGGAGCGGCCGUUAGACGACUACUACGGUUCCGACGGGGACAGCUUCAAAGAAAGUGAUGAAGAUGAAGAUGAGCCGGAAGGCCAGCCGGACCCAGAUCUUGGUGCUCAGCGGAAGAAUGAACCACCGAGGUUAUCAUCCUCUCCUAUGGAGACACGUCUUGCGCCAAUAUCUACGACAUAUGUGCUAGACCGCGGCCGUGAUCUUCGGCCCGGCGUGGAGCGCCCAAAUCGGUGGAUUGGGCCCCCUUCUACGUACAGAAGGAUUACUGCAGAUGAUCGGGGAGCCUAUGAGGCAAUAGUCACGAAUAGAGCGAGAGAUCUUGCCGCUCACCUCUACAAUGCUUUUGCCAUUCGCAAUCAACGCAACCAAGCUCGGGACACGUCUCACGGUCCCCAAGAGCUUGAUGGACAGGAUCGAAUAUUCCCUCCUAAACGUUGGGUCGCGUGGCCGAGGCCUCCUUCUCGUGUCCCGCGCCCCGAUGAGAUUGUCCACCGGCAGCUUGGCGCGCCUGGGACCCUACGAAUGCCACAUGACUUACGUCCUAGCGCUGACCUAGAGGAGUCCAUCAUUGCAGAUAUGAUGAGGCAUGCCAAGCAAACCUUUAUGGCGCGCGAAUGGGAUCUGGAAGAGGUAAAGGUCCAUCGCGCGAGGAGGGAGGAUUGUCCCGAGGAUAUGAAAGAUGAAGAAAUGAAAAAUAUCGAGGAUCAAAAGGAUGAGGCGCCACGUCCGCAUGCUGUGCCGCUUAAACCGGUAGUUCAGGCCGACGAUGGUGCCUCCAGACAACAACUGCGGCCCCUUUCCCGGAACGUUAUAACACAGGUGGAUCGUCUUUUGAUGGGACUGCACCAUUCUAUGAAGAGCCGAGUCCAGGAUGAAGACUCUGGCAGCGACUCGGAUGGUGAUCUGUACGAUACAGAUGACCCCCGAUCCCGAUCUCGACACAAGAGCGGGAGCAGAAGCCGAUCGCGCGGCCGUAAACGAGCUCGUCGUUCUUCGCGCCAUUCACAAACGCCAAGUCAUCGCUCUCACAGCGCUCGGUCAUCAACCGCAGCCAGCGCGCAGAAUGGAAGCGUCCGCAGUACCUCGCGAUCUCGAGGGCGGUCUCUCACUUCUCGAGGCACCGACGAACUCUCGACCGUAAAAUACAAACUUGGCCUACGUGACUGGAGCGAGGUUAUGGGCCUUGCCGCCAUGAUGGGCCUCCCAACUGCGGCAGUUAUGCGCGCCUCAAAGCGAUGCGCCGACCUCUUCGGCCAAGACAUGACAUUCCAGACCUUCCACGAGGGCCGAGUCCAGAAAGUGUCUCGUCCAGAAGAAACAUCAAGAUCUGUCUGGCAAUGGGAAUACCUUGAAAGCGAAACCGACCCAGAAGUUCCCCUUGACCCUGAACCAACGCGCUCGCCAUCAGGUCCAGGCCUAUCCCAGCGCAAGCGCAAAUCAAAAUCCAGACUAGGCUCGCGGUCGCAAUCAGGCCCGCGACGACAUCGCUCGACUCCUUCCGCCGCUCCUCCGUCCGCCCCGACCAUCGCAGUUGUGGUACCGAGCACGACCGGUGGCCUUGUGUCCGAGAACAGGACGGAUCCUGAGAGGGAACACCAGGCAUUCCAAGCAUCCCAAGCGCCUAGAGGCAAGGGCGAGCAUCGCAAAGCCGAUAUCAUCUGUCCUAUUAAAAGAUGUUCGCGACACACGAAUGGGUUCUCACGCACGUGGAAUCUCAAUCUGCAUAUGAAACGGGUACAUCCUGGCUAUACUCCUGCGGAUUCUGACCGAUCUCGAUCUCAGAGUACACCUGGAGGUGUUGAGAUGAUUGAGAUCGACUAG